GUAUUGCCGGCCUCCUAUUUGGUUGGCACGGUGCAGUCUAACGGGUUUCGAAUCAGCGCUAUGCUCCGCACGACCGCCACGCGUCUGGUGUGGUUGGGCGGUUCGGCCGCCUCUCCGGCGCUCGGCUUAGACCUCCGCUCCCCAGCUGGUCAGUUCGUCAACGUCAUCCCGGAAGGUACGCAGCCGCGGCGCACGGCCGGACACUUCCAUGCUACCCCACAGGCCCGCAGCCUCGCGGCAACGCACUUCGCGCACAGCCCGGAGCUGCGCCACAUCGCGGAUGGCAUCUCCAUGUCUGCCACCGGCCAGCGCGUGCCAUUGGCGAAGCCGGCCAUAACAAAGUGGAGCCGCCAGCUGCGGGCUGACGUGUACGAUGAACUGCUCAAGCUGCCGUUGCGGUAUGCCCUGCACGACUUCCGCACCCUGCAGGCGCACCUGCGCGCGGUGCCGGAGGUAGCGCCGGCAGACGAAGCGAGCGACGACCCCCCGCUGCCACCUGGUGUGUAUCGCAGCAGUCACAACAGUGUCAACAACGGCCAUAGUCAAAGCGGAAACACUGCCGAUCCGUCCUCGUCUUCCUCUUCGUCGUCGUCUUCACCGCUGAUGUCGUCGCACUACGCAGUGGCCGGUCGCGACUCCGCCGUGGGCUACGCCCCUCCACUCGGCCACGCAGACCCGCUCGAUGUUCUACCCUUCUUUGUUCACCGCACAAGCAACGGGCAGCUCCCGGGUAAGGUGUACUCCAUGAACUCGAAGACGCUGAUGCCGGCGUUUUACAUGCGCAUCAUGAACGUCGACGGCGACGUGUUCCGCUUCGAGGAGGAGCUGAUGAAGAUUUUCCCCACCAAGAAGAUAUUCGUCCGCAGCCACAGCGUGUACGUGUACAACGUGAACCUGGACGGGCGGGCAGUGCUCCAUCACUGGUUACUCGGUCUGGGCUUCUGA